UAUAAAAAUAUUCGUUGAAACAAUCUUAAAAUGGUGCUACAAGACUAAUCCACCAAUGAAUUCACUUAAUCAAAAGUGAAAAACAAGCCGAAUUUUAUAUGUUCAAGUGCACAAUUUUGUUUGACAAGUUGAUGAAAGUAAGCAAGAACCAUUCCAUUUCCUCAAGAAGCAGCACCACCAAGGCACCACUUAAAUUAACAAAUCAUAAUUAACAAAAGAAGCCCCCCAUCAACAUUUAGAAGGACCUUCUGAUGGAGUACUUCACGAAAGCAAAAUUCAUCAGGCUCAGAAGCCAUCACAACAGGUACUUGAUAGCUGGGUCAGACGGUGAGUCAGUCAAGCAGAGCAAACAAGGUCAAAUUCCACAGGCUCGUUGGGCUGUGGAGUUAGUUCAAGACAAGCGCAACACUGUCCGCCUUCGGAGUUGCUAUGAAAAGUACCUGACCGCUUCAGAUGAGCCCUUCCUGUUGGGCUGGACAGGAAAGAAGGCCCUGCAGACUCUGCAGACUGACUGCAGCCUAUCAGUACAAUGGGAGCCUAUAGGUGAAGAAUUUUACGUUAAGCUGCGGGCCCCACUCACAGGGAAAUUCCUCAGGGCUAACGCCGGGACUCCACCUUGGAGGGACACGGUAACUGUGGAUGUUCCCGAGAGGAAAACCACGCAGGAUUGGGUGUUUUGGGUGGUGGAUAUUCUAGAUGAUGAUGCAGCAAUUGGUGACUUAGAAUUAGAUACAUGUUCUUGGCCAAAUAACUCCAAGACAUUAUCUCAUACUAAUAAAGCUGUCUCUUUGUAUAAGUCUUCUUUCUCUUUUGCUCAAAAAUUAACUCGCCAUAAUCGUUCUAAUUCAUCGGUUGAGGACCAAAGUAAUCAGUCAGUAUCAUCAGGCUCAUCCACAUCUGCUUUUGUUCUUGGUGCUUACAAGGGUGGUGGGAUGGAUUUAUUCCAGAACGCAAAAACAGUGCGCCUACGAAGCCACCACGACAAGUACCUGAUCGCCGAUGACGACGGCGAAUCGGUGUGCCAAGACCGCCACGGCGGAUCAAAGUACGCGCGAUGGAGUGUGGAGUACGUCAAAUCCGUGGAAGGGGUAGACCUGGUCCGGUUCAAGAGUUGCUUCAACAAAUUCUUAACUGCCACCGACGACGAAUUCUUGUUAGGGGUAACCGGGAAAAAGGUGAAACAAACAUUGCCGAGGCGGCUUGAUUCCUCGAUCGAGUGGGAGCCUACUAGGGAGGGGAUGCAGGUGAGGCUGAAGACAAGGUACGGUAAUUUUUUAAGGGCAAAUGGUGGGUUACCGCCGUGGCGAAAUUCGAUUACUCAUGAUGUUCCUAGUAGGAGUCAUACCCAGGAUUGGGUUCUAUGGGAGAUUGAGGUUUUGGAGGUCUAUGAUGACAAAGUGCAAAAGGUGGAGGUUCAAGAGGAGGAAGAGAAGGAGAAGAGUAAAUUUGAGAGGUGUGAGUCUGAGUUUGAUGCUUCUUCUCUCAGGGUUUCCAAUUCUAAUGCUGGGCCUGGUGAGUUUAGUGCAUCAGCUGUGAAAAAUGAAGGCCGUGUUAUACAUUAUAAUGUCGUGGAUGAUCAUGGAAAUAUUGUUGAUGAAGAAGAUGGGGAAUGUUCUUUUCUUUUCAAAGGGAGUGGCGGCGUGCAGGAGCUCACUCAGAUGUUACAGGAAGAGACCGGGUUAACAGAGGUUACAUUAUGCUCACGCAGUCCUUUGAAUGGAAAGCUAUAUCCUAUGCGGCUGGCUCUUCCUCCAAACCAUGUGAAACUGCACGUCUUUGUUGUACCAUCAUCUUCCAAAGCUGCAGCAGAUUUUGGCUCGAGUUGAGUGGCCUGGUGAGGAUUCAGUAACCAACAUUAUGCUGUCAGUUCUCUGGUAUCAGAGUUUAGCUAAAUACGGAUGAGGCUAAAGAAGGGAUGGGUUGUUUUUGUAAAUACCUCACCACAUAAUGGAACAAGCUUUUUGGAAUUGCAAAAUCAAGCUUUUGGUGGCGCCGUCAACUGAAUAACUUGAAAUUGCAGUGUAAUAGUUGAAUGCUUUUAUGCAAGAGAUAUGUGUAUCAGAAACUUGUAAACGAAUUAUCAUGUAUUAGUACAUAGUACUUGAUUUUGUAGCCUGAUGGUUGAUCACUUUGUUCA